UUUUUUUGUAACUGUUCUCUGUUUUAUUGGCGAUCUUUUCGUAUAUAGUUUUGUCAUUUGCUUUAAGCUUCGCCAGUUUUAGUUUCUAAUGUUGCAUCUCAAGCCGACUCGUCCGAUCUGGAAAGUCAACAACAACUUGCUGAGGAAGUACAUUCCGUACAAGAACAAGCCCAACUGGUACAUCGCCUCCAACUGCUAUCUAGGAUUACGAGGGUGUGGGAAGAAAUUCCGCGCGAUCACAGCCAAAUUCAUUAGACUGGAGAAAAGAAAGCAGGUUGUGAAGAUUGAAACGUCUCUAAAGCAUUGCAGGAAUGCAGAAGAGGCUAAAGAAGAUAUAAGGGAGGAGGAGUCCACUUCACCUCAGAUUGACAUCAGCAUGGUUGAAGAAAGUAGGCGUCAUCAGGAAUUCACUACCGUCCCUGCUGAUGGGAUUGUCAAUCCCGUUCGGACGCCACCUAUCCAGAAGCGCAAAAACUGCACCAUUGCGUCCUUCACAGAGGUGCUCAGUCGGGACCCUGUUGUCUUCCCGGAUGAGGAGAGCGAUAAUGAAGACUUGGAUUGGGAGAGUUCAUCAGUUAUGCAGCAAAGAUUCGUUGUGGACGCUACAGCUCUUCACCAGGAGAACCAACCCACGUGUAUAUGGGAGAUGAAGACUACAUUUUUAAAGAAAUAUGUCCCGUACAAGAACAAACGGCGUUGGUACAUUGGAUCGAAUUGUUACCUCGGUUGGGCCGGAGACAAGACCAUGAAGCUACAACCGGUGACAUGCAAGUUUGUUCGCAGGGAAAACUACAAAACUAUCGUCAAAAUUGUUAACCCUGCAAAUAUCGAAAGUAGCAGCAGCAUAAGCGCCACUGGUCAAGCACAAGGUAGGGAUAUUACAUGUAUACGUGAAUAA